CCGACCCCCGAGCCGUCCGAUGCUGCCCCGGCCUCUGCGCCUGCUCCUCGACGGGCCCGGCCCGGGGGGCGUCGUCCUCAGCGCCUUCCGGCCCCGGGACCCCGAGCGCCGCGGCCAACGGACACCCCGGGAGCGGGACGAGCGGGACGAGCGGGACGAGCGGGACGAGCCGGACGAGCGGGACGAGCUGCAGGUCCCGGCCGGCGCGCGGGAGGAAGAGGAAGACGGGGCCCUGUUCGCCGUCGUCACCCGCCGGUACCGACCCCCGGACCCCGAGGCCCCGGUGCCCCCGCCCCGCCUGACCCGCCGGCUGCGGGCGGGGACGUUGGCGGCCCUGGUGGGACACCUCCUCCUGGACGCCCGCGCGCCGGGGGCCGGCGACGGGACCUUCGCCGCCGCCUUCCUGGGCACGCACCGCGCCUUCGCCACCCCCGACGCCAUCUUGGAGCUGCUCCUGGACAGGGUGGACGCCGCGGAAUCGGGCCCCGGGGAGGAGCCGGAGCUCACCAGGAGGGCCGCCCUGGCGGUGCUGGCCGCCUGGAUGGCGGCCCACCCGGAGGACUUCGGGCCGGACGCCGGCGGGCAGCGGGAGAGACUGGAGGGCUUCCUGCGGGAGGGGCCCGGGGCCGCCCGCCUCCUCCUCCGGGACCUCCGGGCCCUGGCCCCCCGCCCCCCGCCCCCCGCCCCGCGCCCCGCGCCCCCCGACCCCCGCGACCCCACGGACGUCCUCAUCUUCCUCGCCGACCACGUGGCCCGGCAGCUCACCCUCAUGGACGCGGAGCUGUUCCUGUCGGUGGUGCCGUGGCAGUGCCUGGGCGGGCUGUGGGGUCAGCGGGGGCGGCCCGGCCGCUCGCACCUGUGCCCCUCCGUCCGCGCCACCGUCGCCCAGUUCAACCGGGUGGCCGGGGCCGUGGUCAGCUCCGUCCUGGGCGCCGCCGGCCCCGGGCCCGACGCCCCCCUGGCCGCCAGGCCCCUGCGGCCCCCCCAGAGGGCCCGCCUGCUGGAGAAGUGGAUCCGGGUGGCCGAGGAGUGCCGCCUGCUGCGCAACUUCUCCUCGCUGCGCGCCAUCGUCUCGGCCUUGCAGUCCAGCCCCGUCCACCGCCUCCGGGCGGCCUGGGCCGAGACGGGCAGUCGAGAGAAGGGGCUCUUCUCCAGCCUGUCGCAGAUCUUCUCCGAGUCGGACAACUACUCCCAGAGCCGGGAGCUGCUGCUGCCGCCGCAGGAGAACCCCCCGCCGCCGGGCUCGGAGGCGACCCCGAAGAGACAGACCGGGCCCGAGACCCCCGGCGGGGUGGUCCCCUACCUGGGCACCUUCCUCAAAGACCUGGUGAUGUUGGACGCCGCUGCCCCGGACACCCUGGAGAACGGUUACAUCAACUUCGACAAGCGGAGAAAGGAGUACGCGGUGCUGAAGCGCCUGCGGGGUCUGCAGGCCGAGUGCCGGGGUUACCGCCUGCCCGCCCCGGACCCCGAUUUCCGCCAGUGGCUGCGCGGGCUCCGGACCCUCUCCGACGCCCAGAGCCACCAGCUGUCCUGCGAGGCGGAGGGGCCCCCGGCGGGCGAGGGGCCGGAGGCGCCCGCCCCGCGCGCCCUGCGACCCGCCCUCCUCAUCGCCCACUGCACCGACCUCCUGAGCGUCGUCGGGGGACCGUCGGCCUCGGCGUCGUGGGACGGGACGGCCGCCCCGCCUCGGCGCGUCAAGUGGCCGUCGACGUCGUCCCUGGACUCGGCGCCGGAGGGGACCCCGCCGCCGCCGCCGCCGCCCCGGCCGCCCGCCGCCCCGGGCCCCCGCGGCCACCGGCGCUCGGCCUCGUGCGGGUCGACGCCGGGCCGGGGGUCGGCGGGAGGCGGGCCCGGGGGGCCCCCGGGGUCGGACGGCCGCGUCGUCCGCGUCCGCAUGGAGCUGGGACACGACGGGACCGUCUACAAGAGCCUCCUGGUGAGCAGCCAGGACAAGGCCCCGGGCGUGGUCCAGGCGGUGCUCAAGAAGAACAACCGCGACCCCGCCGACGCCCCCCACUAUCAGCUCGUCCAGCUCCUGCCCGGCCAGCGAGAGCUGGCCAUCCCGCCCUCGGCCAACGUGUUCUACGCCAUGGACGGCUCCAGCCUGGACUUCGUGCUGCGCCGCCGCCGCCCUUCGACCCCGGCCUCGCACGACGCCCAUCACGACGCCGGCGGCUCCUCCUUCCCCCGCAUCAAGGCCACCGGCCGGAAACUGGCCCGCGCCCUCUUCUGAGGAGGAUUCGAACCCAGGACUGGGCCCUGGAAGGGGGAGGGGGCGACGCGGGACCCCCCCCCCAAGGAGGGUCGAGUCACGUGAGCG